GGGAGGGAACUGGUGUGGUGUGAGGGAGAGGUUCAAAACAAGUCUCAAAUUUAUCGGCUCCGGCAGCUGCUUCAUCAUCUAGGACGUGUCUGGCUGAGCUGUUCAGAUUCCUCCUUGUCUGCUAGAAGAACGUAUUGAAAAUGUUGGUGGUCUUGGCUUUUAUCAUCCUCUUCCACAUAACCUCUAUAGCAUUGCUGUUCAUUGCUACAAUUGACAAUGCUUGGUGGGUUGGACAAGACUUUUAUGUUGACAUCUGGAAGGUCUGUUUGAAUGCCAGUAAAACAGAGUGCUUAGAAAUUGGAAGUAAUAACCCUAAUUUUCAGGCCAUUCAGGCUGUUCAAGCUACAAUGAUCCUUUCGACCAUACUUUGCUGUAUAGGACUUCUGAGCUUUGGUCUUCAACUGUUCCGGCUGAAACAAGGAGAGCGAUUUGUCUUCACUGCUAUCAUCCAGAUGUUGUCAUGUCUUUGUGUUAUGAUUGCUGCUGCAAUCUACUCUUCCAUGUAUGAGAAAUUUCACCCAACGUUGGACAUUAAGAAUGGCACAUUUGGUUAUUCCUUCAUUCUUGCCUGGAUUGCCUUUGCUUUCACUUUAAUUAACAGUAUCAUGUACUUAAUACUUAGAAAACGCAAAUAAACCAUAGUAUACGCUAGAUAAAUUCACUACAGAAGACAAAUACAGAUAAGUUUUGUAAUAUCCAUUUAAUUGUGAUUUUUAUAGCAAAAGAUAUUUCCUGAAACAUCCAUGUACUGUUCUCUUGGCAUGUUUAACGCUAAGACUAUAAUGCAUUAUACAUGUAUCUGACCCGGAAUAUUGGCUCUUACUGGGGGAAAAAAGGAAUAUUGCAAUACACACAUAAUGUUUUACAACUUGAACUUUUUUGUUUAAUUUUGUAUAAAUAUAUUUUUGUUGUUUUUGACUUUGAUUUAACAAGCACCGGGUAAAGGUUUUAUUGUAGGGAUGGGGAGAUAAUAUUGCAAUUAAUACAUCAAACUUGUUGCCAGAAUGAAAAGACUAGAAAUUUGUACAGUGCUUCUUAAAAAAAGCUUGCUGCCAUACAGAGAAUAUGGGGCAUCUGGAGCAAAUAAAGAUCCAUAAUCCAGCUGUUACUUCUGCAGAAAACCCUGCAAAAAAGCCUUUUAUCUGUUUCAUCUUUGUUCCAGCAACUUUAACAAACUAAUUGGGGUUAAUCUAUUAUAAUAUCCUGUUUAUAUCAUGGAAAGGUUUUUGGCCUGCAUUUGUGUAGGGGAUAGGUGAAAAUUGUUGUGCUAUAGUCAGCCUAGAAACAGUAGGGGAAAUGUAUAUGUAAAAGGGAUGACUGAUCUCUUUAAAGUAGAUCUGAACCUAAUCAAUAAAAUCCUAUAGAAACUUUUAGAAUGUUAAUUUCAUUUCAAAAGCUAUUUUUCAAUCUGCAGCUUUCAUUAAAAUGUAUUGUUAAUGCCAUAAAUGUUCUUUUGCAUAUACUUUAUGGGAUAACAAAUCUAUGUCCCAAUUGCUCUCCAAUGUUUUCAAACUGGCUUCUGAUGAAGACUGCAAGCACAUGUGCUUACCUGCACAAUGCACAAGCAUGUUUUGCAGUUGCCACGAUCAGGUUGUUGGUAUAGAACUGCCACUGGAGCGCAUACAUGUAAACAGAACGUGGGUUCAAAGAGGCUGGAUGAGAUAAACAUUAAUGAGAUUCAAAAAAGUUUUGAAGAAAAAGUGAAAUGGUAUCUUUAUAGGGUAAAACAAAUGGCAAUUGUGAUACACAAUGCUUUAGCAAACAAAUUUAAUUUGGUUAAGAUUGACGUCUACUUUAAAUUGUCACUGCCUUUCAGGUGGCUGCAAAUAAAACAAUGUAUUGUAA